AUGAGAAAGAAAAAAAAAAUCAACCAUAAGGCCAAAACAGAGGAAAACAAAAACAGAACUCAACAAGAAGAAGAAUAAAAAAAUUUAAAAGAUGAAGAAUGGUCUGAUAAUCAUAAACUGCAUAAUCCUCACUAUAGGAACAUGUGGAGGUCCAUUGUUAACUCGUCUCUACUACAACAAUGGAGGAAAAAGAAUCUGGUUCAUGAGCUCUCUAUCAACCGCAGGUUGUCCAAUCAUCCUCAUCCCUCUGUUUUUCUCCUUCCUCAGCCGCCACCGCAGCAACCGCAACCGCAACAACUCCGAAAACGCAGAGAAAACAAAGAUUUUUCUCAUGGAAACUCCUCUGUUCAUCGCAUCAAUCGUCAUAGGAUUGCUCACAGGACUUGACAACUACUUAUACGCAUACGGUUUAGCUUAUCUUCCAGUUUCAACUUCAUCUCUCAUAAUCGGAACUCAGUUAGCUUUCAAUGCACUCUUCGCUUUCUUCAUGGUCAAGCAAAAGUUCACUCCUUUCUCUAUAAACGCCGUCGUUUUAUUGACGGUCGGCACCGGAAUCUUGGCCUUGCACAGCGAUGGAGACAAACCGGCUAAAGAGAGCCACAAGGAGUAUGUGGUUGGGUUCUUAAUGACUGUGAUCGCAGCUGUUCUUUACGCUUUCAUAUUGCCGCUCGUUGAGCUUACUUACAAGAAAGCUCGACAAGAAAUCACUUUCACACUUGUGCUCGAGAUUCAGAUGGUCAUGUGCCUUGCUGCUACUUGUUUCUGCCUCGUUGGGAUGCUCAUCGAUGGCGAUUUCAAGGUGAUAGCAAGAGAAGCAAGAGAGUUCAAGAUUGGAGGAUCUGCGUUUUACUACACGUUGAUUGUGAUGACAGGGAUAAUAUGGCAAGGAUUCUUCUUAGGAGCAAUAGGGAUUGUGUUCUGUGCGUCGUCUCUAGCUUCUGGUGUUCUUAUCAGUGUUCUUCUUCCGGUGACGGAGGUUUUAGCCGUCGUUUGCUUCCGGGAGAAGUUUCAGGCGGAUAAAGGUGUCGCUCUCCUUCUCUCUCUGUGGGGAUUCGUAUCUUAUUUCUACGGCGAGUUUAAAUCCGGCAAGAAAGUUCUCGAGAAAGAGCAGCCGCCGGAGACAGAACUGCCUUCUCUUCCAGUUACUGAUUCUGUUGUUUAGAAGGUCUUUUGCUUUUUUAAACCAAAGCAUUACCGUUAUAUUUUUUGUUUCUUAUUUCUGUUAUGUAUGAUUGUAUAUUUGUUUUUGAUUAGUGAAUUUGUCAUAUAAAGAA